CAUGUGGUAACAUUUAUUUUCUUGGAUUAUACAAAUAAUAUGUAUGUUUUUACCACUAAAUAAAAUCGAUAUGAAUGCAUCUAUCUAUCUAUCUAUCUCAAUUCUCAACAUUUUUAAUUGUUUCUGACACUCCCACCUCAACAAAAACAAAAACAAAUAACAAUAAUCAAACAUGAUCUUAGAAGAAAGAAAACAUAACCAAGCAAAGCAACCAUGUGCAGAUCUAAAAAAAACAUCAUUCAAUAGCAAUAGCCAUAACCAUAACCAUUGCAUUGCAAACUUCACUUCACAACACUUUCAACUAAACCACUUACUGUUCUAGAUCAACCAACCAAUUAUGAUGAAUGGUAGGAAUGGAAGAGACUCCUUGUAUGGAUCCCUUAAUCAUCACCGACGAAGCAACACCUUUAAUAAUGUUAAUGGAAUUUCCAACAACCAUGAUGAUACUCUUGAUCUCUUCUCCAACAAUCGUCCUUCUCUCUCUCUACCUUCUUCAGAUGACUCUUCUGAUGUUUCUGUGAAACUGGGGAGACUCUCAGUUGGAACGGCGAAACCGGCGGCUAGAAAUGGGAUUGAGGAUCUGUUGUCAUCUGCAGAAGGUGGAAAGCAUGAUUAUGAUUGGCUUCUCACUCCCCCGGGGACCCCUGUUUUUCCAACAUCAGAAGGUGAAUCCCAGCCAACCUUGGCGCCUCCAAGAAGAAGUAUGAGUAGAUCAACUUCUACCACUAAGGCCUCAAGGCUUUCGGUGUCACAAUCUGAGAGCAACAAUCACUCUAAACCAGCAAGAAGCAGUUCAGUGACUCGCUCUUCGGUCUCCACUACACACUCACAGUACAACAACUAUUCUUCAAACAGACCCUCCUCCACAAAUAUCCUUAACACAAGCUCAGCCUCAGUUUCAUCUUACAUUAGGCCAUCUUCCCCCGUAACCCGUACGACAUCUUCAGCAAGGCCUUCCACUCCUACCUCCCGUCCAACAGCAUCAAGGUCCUCAACACCCUCAAGAGUACGUUCGGUUUCCACCAGCUCCGUUGCUGACAAACAUAGACCAACAUCACAAAGCUCAAGGCCAUCCACUCCUAGUUCUAGGCCUCAGGUUCCUGCAAACUUACAUUCCCCAUCUGCACCAUCAACUCGGUCGUUAUCCCGACCUUCUACUCCCACUCGUAGGAGUUCAUUACCAUCUCUAUCUCCUUCGCCUACAACAAGUUCAUCAACUUCAGCUGGACGUGUUUCAUUGAAUGGACGUAGUUCGGCACCAACAUCACGGCCAAGCUCACCAAGUCCACGAAUCCGGCCCCCACCACAGCCUGUUGUUCCACCCGAUUUUCCCCUUGAAACACCGCCGAACCUUAGAACAACAUUACCUGAUAGGCCAGUCUCCGCAGGCAGGUCCCGUCCUGGUGCUGGAACUUUGAAAGGAAAUAGUUCUGAAACUCAAGCCUCAGUUAAUAUGCCAAGGCGACAUUCAUCUCCUAUUGUUAGUAGGGGGAGAUCAACAGAACCUCCCAGUAGAAAUCGUGGCUUUGCCAAUACCAAUGGCCAUCAUGCUGAUCAUGUUCCUGAGUCUAGGAAAGUUUCACAUGCUCCCGAGGUAGUUGCAAGGAAAACGGUUAAGGCCUCACCCUCAACCACUGCAACCGACAACUCUGGAUUUGGGAGGAGUAUCUCGAAGAAAUCCUUGGAUGUGGCUAUCAAGCACAUGGAUAUAAAGAACGGCUCUGGAAAUCUUCGUGCACUAUCGAGCACUACACUCUUCCCGCAAAGUAUUCGAAAUUCCACUCCCAAGAGCCAGUCUCAUCGUGCUCCAAAUGGAAACCUGCUAAACAAAAACAAUGGAGCUAGUUUCGAUGUGGGAAAUGGUAUCAAUAGGAAUAUGAUAAAAGGAAGAGAGAUAGAUGAAAGACAAUACUCAGCAAAACUGAGUGAUAUCGACAUCUAUGAAAGUUCUCGUUAUGACGCUCUUUUGCUUAAAGAAGAUUUGAAGAAUACAAGCUGGCUGCAUAGUGUUGAUGAUAAAUGUGAUCAAAGCUCUUUAUUUGAUAAUGGAUUUGAGAACCUGCCUGAGCCUUUUGGCCUCUUAUAGCAUCUAUAAAGGUUCUACUUGAUGCAUUUGUAACAUGCUAUUUAUGUUCUUAUUCUUAUCUCAUUUUUUUAUUGGAAGGAUGGGAUAUUUCAACUUAUAAAGCUCCAAAUGAAAAAAAAAGUAAAGAUGCAUUAUAUGUUUUCUGCAAUAUGCAGAGAUUAUAUGUUUUGUGCAAUAUGCAGAGAAAUCAGUGGAUUUGACUUUUAUCUUAUACAUACAAAUAAUGCAGGAAAGAAAAAGAUUACAUGAUUUUCAGGAAUGUGAUGUUUUGUGCAAACAAUAUGGUUGAGUGUAUAUUUUCCCCUUGGCAAUGAACACUAUGGUUCAGUUUA